UACGAUCAAUUUUGGCAAACAUUUUGAAUGUAUUUGAAACGUAAGAAUUACAUCAAAAUUAAUACAACAAAGACUUGAUUGGGAAGUGUUUGAGUGAUAAUCAGUGAUAUUGAAGAUGAAGUUCAGAGGUGUUAUCACCGAUAGUUCACAGAUCUCAGCAAUGGUUCGCGUAUUACAAAGUAUGUCCAAGUUUUGGGACACAUUCUUCGUGCGACUAACUGACCAACAAAUGCAAAUGAUUGCCGAUCGUACCAACAGUUUGGCGCCGUUUGUGGUCAAGUGUGACCUCAAUGUUACCGAAUAUUUUGAUGAAUACGAGUUCAACGGUUUUAAUGAUGAAAAUAAUGUCAUCGUCUUUGAGAUGCGUUCACAAUGUGUAUCUCAAGUGAUGACCUCUUUGUUGGCCAACAUUAAGUCAAUGAAAUUAAAGCUAAUCAUGAAAUCGGGUCUCAAAAUGUUGGUCAUUGCGGUUGAAUAUCCGACACAUGACGCCGACCGGUCAGUUCGUCACGAUAUUCGUGUCGAUAUUCCGCCGCUUCAAUACUGGGAUCAAAUUUAUGGCUUAAAUGUUGAUACAUAUGAUUUGUCUAUUAAAUUGCCCGAAACGCGAGCCAUUAUAUCAACCAUUGAAAGACUCAACGAAAUGUGUAGUUAUUUGACUAUUAAAGUAAAACCGACUGAAAAUAAUAAAGCCGUUCUUACGAUUGGAGUUGAAAGCGAUUCAAUUGCUUUGAAAACAACUUUUACUGAUUUAGAGAUCAAUUCAAGUGAUGAUAACGAAGAAAUUGAUGGCAGACAUUGGGUUUCUAUCCGUAUUUCAGUUAAAAAGUUUAAUAUUAUUUUUAAUACAUUGAAGACACUGAAACCAAACUUUAUAACAUGCAAUGUUAAAGACAAAAACAAAAUUUAUUUUCAAUUUUUUCACAAUUUUGCAAAUUUUCAGGCAAUUCUUCCCAAUAUUGAAGCCUAAUAUA